AUGGAUAGCCACAAUAAAAUUACAGUUUUGAAUAAGGUAUCUUUUCUUACCACCGAUUUGGAGAAGGAGCAGGAACUAUACUUACUGAAAUAUGCGCUUUUGAUAAAAAACGACCUGGCUCAAGCACUGGGCCCACUCGACCAGCCUCCACAGAAGACGCCUCAGGUUCCAUACUUUGUGGUAAGGGAACGAAUCGCAGACUCUGAAGAUUGUUACGUUCUCUCACGAGGCGACCAACAAGGUGAGUUGAAGAUCGACAAGUUUGGUAAUUUAGUGGGAAAUCGUCAUUUUCUAUUUCCGACAUUUUCGCUGCAUAAUAGACCAAAUCAAGUAUACGUACUGGCAAGGGACCUUUUGAAGUGUCUCGACAUUACUGGAAUGAGUGCUGACCACUUUUUAGCACAAAAUCCUCAGCUGUUCGGAGUCAGUGCCAGCGAUGAGGAAAUAACGGCACUGAAGAACAUGGAUUUAAUUAACGACACUGAAACAGCAGAAUCGCACAUCUAUGUCACGACAAAAUCCGUGUUCAUGCUUUUCGGGGCGCGGGUAGUUUUAGCGGGCACAAGAUUGAUAGACGAUUACUGGGAAGAGCUUGUAAAGGAACAAGGCUAUCUUCCGCACUCUAGAGUCUUUCCAAUUAGCAACAGAAUUCUGCAGAUAGUCGAAAAACUCAAACCCACUUCUCAUGUGGAAGAUGCUGAAAACGAAAAAGCUGCUGCACAAAUUUCGUCUGAACCUUCUUACUUGACAGUCGCGGAGCAGACGUCCUCAGAGAUUCGACAAGACUAUGCACAUCAAUUAAUGGACGGUGAACGUCAAGACAUCAUUAUCCCUGGCCAAAAUAUCGUGGGCUCGAUCGAACUCAGCGCACAAUCCAAACUACCGAAGUAUCACAGCAAAACUUCGUUGCAAACCGCCACGCAAAUGGGUAUACAAGACACUUCGAUAGGCCUAAUGCCACCGGCGCCAACCAACGCACCGUCGGCCCCUCCAAGUGAAAAGUUGAACAAAGAGCAUUCAGGUGGCAUACUUGAUGCAUUGGUGAUCUCUAAGAUAGAUAAAAGCGGUGUUACUCAAUGGGCUAAUUCGGGGAUAGUCGCACAAGACGUUUCCUUGAACAUCAAUGGGUGGAAAUUCGAUUCACUGCCGGUAAAGUCAACCAAAGAUGCGGAUUUGAAGUAUUCCAUCAAAGGUCUCCCACUUUAUGAUAAUGUGAAACUAGCAGAACGAUUGAAGAGGCUAACUCCUAAUGAGAUUAACGAAAUGCAACACCUACAUGAUGCAGUCUAUCUAAAUACUAACCUGCAAGGCGCCAGGAAAAUAAGAAAAACAAAGUGGACAAAAUACUGGCAAUACAAGGCUGGUCUUCCGAUCGGUUUGACAGACCGCCAAUGUGGCCCCAUUUUAGACAAGUAUUUCGAAAAGGCUGCCGAGCAUAUCGAAGUGGUACGAAGCAUCAAUACCACUUUGAACAAGGAGGAGGUGAGAAGUAUGAGGAAAAUACCGAAUGCGAAUUAUAAAGGCUACUCUAAUAUUACAGGUGUGAAGCCACCCUACGUAAAUGAAUGA